CGGGCCCCGUCCCCUGUCCCGGACGUUGGCGCGGAGUCACAUCCGGCGGGAGGGGGCGGGCCUGCAGGCCCCGGAAGUGUGGGCGCGGGCCGUGGUUUAACCAGCGGCCUCGGUGGCGGCGGCAGCGGUGGCGGCGGCAGCCGGGGGCAGGUUUCUCGUGCGUAAAAUGAGGAAAGCCGAAGGCCACACAGCCACGAGGGCCCGGUGUGAGGAUCAGCCCAGCUGCUGCGGACACAGUGCCUAGGACACGGUGCGGAGCAUCGGAAGAUGGAGACUCUGAAAGACAAGACCUUGGAGGAGCUGGAGGAGAUGCAGAAUGACCCGGAGGCCAUCAACCGGCUGGCCCAGGAGGCCCCCGAGGUCCAGGACCUGCAGCUGGAGCGGGAGAUGGCGCUGGCCACCAACCGGAGCCUGGCGGAGCGGAACCUGGAGUUCCAAGGCCCCCUGGAGAUCAGCCGCUCCAACCUCUCGGACAAGUACCAGGAGCUCCGGAAGCUCGUGGAGCGGUGCCAGGAGCAGAAGGCGAAGCUGGAGAAAUUUUCUUCGGCGCUGCAGCCAGAGACCCUGUUAGACCUCCUGCAGAUCGAAGGCAUGAAGAUCGAAGAAGAGUCUGAGGCCAUGGCCGAGAAGUUCCUGGAGGGCGAGGUGCCCUUGGAAACGUUUUUGGAGAACUUUUCCUCCAUGAGGAUGCUGUCCCAUCUGCGAAGGGUGCGCGUGGAGAAGCUCCAGGAUGUGAUGAGGAAGCCCAGAGUUUCCCAGGAGCCGGCCGGUGACGCCCCUCCUCCACGCCCGCCGCCCCCACCUCGCCCGGCCCCUCUGGCGACACCCCCUGUGGCCAAAGAGCCGUCCCCGCCACCUUCAGUAGUGCCUCCUUACCCUUUGCCCUACAGCCCGUCCCCUGGCAUUCCCACGGGCCCUACCGCCCAGGGCCCGCUCCAGCCGGCCCCCUUCCCUGUGGUGUCCCAGCCCUCGUUUUCCUACGGGGGGCCUUUGGGCCCCCCUUACCCGGCAGCCCACCCGGGACCCCGGAGUGCUGCGGGCUACUCCUGGUCCCCACAGCGGAGCACACCUCCCCGGCCAGGCUAUCCCGUGGCCCCCACUGCUGCCUCUGGCCCCGGGUACCCCUUGGCGGGGAGCCGGGCCCCCAGUCCUGGUUAUCCUCAACAGGCCCCCUACCUCUCGCCAGGAGGAAGACCUCCCUACCCAACGCAGCCCCCGCUCCCGAGCUUCCCAGGUCAGCCCCAGCCCUCAGGACCCCCUCAGCCACCCUACCCCACUGGGCCUGCACCUCCCUAUGGGUUUCCACCACCUCAGGGUCCUACCUGGCCUGGGUAUUAGACAGCAUCCUGGCCCUCGGUCCUUCUCUCCUCCGACCUGUCCCACAGCCCUUGGCCCACCCGCCACUGAGAUUCGAGGUUCAAUGGAAGUGGACUUGUGUCCGCACACGGGGCCUGGCGGGGACCUGGUUGGGAGCGUGGAGGCCUGGAAAACACCAGGCAGGGUGACUGGCUCCGCCACCCCAGCGCUCCAGCGCCCUGGCCUCCCAGGGCGGGGGUCGGGGGUUGGGAGAAGGGAGCGCCUCCUUUUAGUGACUGACUUAGGUCUUCUGGUGCUAGCCAGGCGGGGGGUUCGGGACCUCUUCGUGAGUGUCCGUGUGAGCGAGCAGGAGCGCGUGUUUGAGGACACGUACUUGUGCCUGCGCUCGCGGACACCGGAACCGAAUGCGGUGAUCUCGGUGAGGCGGGGGCUGGCCUCUGGCCCCUGCUCGCCCCCUCCCUCUCUCCUGGGAUUUGGCGGGUUCAUCCCGGUGCCCACAGCCUGGGAUGCCACUCCGUGUCUACUGGUCCUUUCAAGGAUGUCCUGCCCCACGCACCAUGUUUGGGGUCGGACUGGGGGGGGAGUGCAGUUAGGAAGAACACUUGCUGACUUUUAAGUCCCAUAAAGCCAUAAUUGAACUCUGUGAGGCCCGUGUCAGAGAAGCGUGUCCUGUGAGCUGGUCUG